ACGCAAUAGAGUCAUCGUGCAGUCAAGUUCCCCUCGAUCAUCAUCACCAACGGUGACAUUAACCUUUCUCUUUUUCCUUUUCACAUUUUCUUCUUUCUCUCUUUUCACUUUCAUUAAUUUCUCAGUUCAAUAGUUAGUUAGUAAUAGUAACUACCCAGAAAAAACGUUGCUGAAAAUGAUUAAACAAAACGUUGUUUUCCAACGACGUUGAUGUGUAACCGAAAACAGCACAAAUUGUCGGGGGAACUAUUUAAUUAAACCCUAUAUGACCCCAUUGCCAUUAAUAUUAAUAUUUUAAGUUUAUAGUUUAUCAGAUCGAGGUUGGAGAUGCUUGAAUUUGGUAUGAAGUAGAGUUUCUUUGUUUGGAUUUUAGGGUCUUAAUAGCAAAAUGGGGGUUAUGUCCAGGAGGGUUGUGCCCGUCUGUGGUAACCUUUGUUGUGUUUGUCCUGCUCUGCGUGCUAGCUCGAGACAUCCGGUGAAGCGUUACAAGAAGUUGUUGGCUGAUAUUUUUCCUCGUAAUCAGGAAGCUGAACUUAAUGAUAGAAAAAUUGGAAAGCUAUGUGACUAUGCCUCUAAGAAUCCAUUGAGAAUUCCUAAGAUUACAGAUAACUUGGAGCAAAUAUGUUACAAGGAUUUGCGUAACGAAGUCUUUGGUUCAGUGAAAGUUGUCUUGUGCAUAUACAGAAAAUUCUUAUCGUCAUGUAAGGAGCAGAUGCCACUUUUUGCGGGUAGUUUAUUAGAGAUUAUUCGGACUCUUCUAGAACAAACUCGAACAGAUGAGAUCAGGAUCUUAGGCUGCAACACUCUUUUUGAUUUUAUAGAUUGCCAGACAGAUGGUACAUACAUGUUCAAUUUAGAGGGUUUUAUUCCUAAGCUAUGUCAAUUGGCUCAAGAAAUGGGGGAAGAUGAACGAGCUCUACGCCUACGUUCAGCUGGACUACAAGCUCUAUCCUAUAUGGUGCGUUUCAUGGGCGAGCAAUCACAUCUUUCUAUGGACUUGGAUGAAAUCAUGUUAGUGACUUUGGAGAAUUACACGGGUCUCCAAUCUAACUCCAAUCCCCCCAAGGAAUUUCCCAAUGAGGAUUGCUCUUUAACAGAUACAUCCAAGAAGGAUCAUUUGUGGCUGGAACUUGUGGCAGGGACUGGGAUAGACUCUAUGCUGGAUACUGCUAAAGAUCCGGCAUAUUGGUCAAAGGCUUGCUUGUAUAAUAUGGUCAAACUGGCAAGGGAAGCUACAACUUUGCGGCGUGUCCUUGAACCUCUUUUUCAUUAUUUAGAUACUCAAAAUCAAUGGUCUUCUGAAAAAGAAGAGGCUACCCGUGUUUUGAUGUAUUUACAAUCUCUUUUAGAAGAUUCAGGAGAUAACUCCUAUCUUCUGUUGUCUAUUUUGGUCAAGCACUUGGAUCACAAGAAUGUUUCCAAGCAGCCUAUCCUUCAGAUAAAUAUUACUAACACCAUAUCACAACUUGCGCAAAAUGUGAAGCAACGGGCUUCAGUUACAAUAAUUGGUGCAAUAUCUGACCUCAUUAAACACUUAAGGAAGUGCCUACAAAAUUUAGCUGCAUCUUCCAGUUUUGGGAACAAUGAGUAUAAGUUGAAUGCUGAACUUCAAUCUGCCUUAGAAAUGUGUAUAUUACAACUUUCAAACAAGGUUGGGGAUGUAGGGCCCAUCCUUGAUUUGAUGGCUGUGGUGUUAGAGAAUAUCUCAACUACAACCAUUGUAGCAAGAACAACAAUCUAUGCUGUUUAUCAAACUGCAAAGUUAGUUACAUCGAUCCCUAAUGUGUCAUAUCACAAGAAGACUUUCCCUGAUGCCUUGUUUCAUCAACUGCUCCUGGUGAUGGCUCAUCCUGACGAAGAAACACGAAUUGGGGCGCACAGUGUCUUUUCUACAGUGCUUAUGCCAUCUCUGUUUUCUACCCAGUUAGACCAUAAAGCAAAGAUGGCUCAGAAAGUAUCAAGUGAGAGCUUCUCCAUCCACCAUGAAAGCUCUUUAGGGGCAGAACAGAUCAAUAGGAAACAUGUGGAAGGAGGAGCAGUAGUUGAUGUCAGCAGUAGGAAAUAUAGAGUUCUUCCAUAUCGUGUUCACAGCUUUUCCGGUGCUCUAAAUCAUGGGAAAGAUGAGUUAAGUUCCUUCCGGUUAAGCAGCCACCAAGUGAGUCUCUUGCUUUCUUCAAUCUGGGUUCAGGCAACAUCUAUGGACAAUGGCCCAGCAAAUUUUGAGGCUAUGGCUCACACUUUUAGCAUUGCUUUAUUGUUCACUCGUUCAAAGACAUCCAGUUACAUGGCUUUAGUAAGAUGUUUCCAACUGGCAUUCUCCCUCACGAGCAUCUCACUGGACCAAGAAGGAUGUUUACAACCAUCUCGCAGGAGGUCUCUUUUUACCUUGGCAUCGUACAUGCUUAUAUUCUCUGCCAGGAUAGGCAAUUUCCCUGAGCUAAUUCCAACAGUUAAAGCAUCCCUGAGAUAUUCAACUGUAGAUCCUUUUCUUGAGUUGGUCGAUGAUGUCAGGCUGCAGGCAGUUAAUACAGAAUCAGAGAAGAUACUCUAUGGUUCUCAAGAAGAUGAUGUUGCUGCUAUUAAAUCACUUUCAGCCAUAGAAUUGGAUGAUAAGCAGUUGAAAGAAACUGUAAUCUCGUACUUCCUGACUAAAUAUUCAAAAUUGCCAGAGGAUGAGUUGUCAAGCAUAAAGAAACAACUUGCACAGGGGUUUUCUCCUGAUGAUGCAUAUCCAUUGGGACCUCCUUUAUUUAUGGAGACACCAAGGUCGUCAUCUCCAAUUGCUCAGAUCGAGUUCCCAGAUUUUGAUGAGAUUGUGGAUUCGGUAGCUUUGAUGGAUGAAGAGACUGAACUUGAACCAAUUAGAAGUCAGUCAAACUGCAAAUCACCACUAUCCUUCAAUAACCUGGCCAUUUUAAGUGUUAAUCAACUCUUAGAAUCGGUUCUGGAAACCGCAUGGCAAGUCGCCAGUUUCCCCACUUCUGAAACUCACGUGCCAUAUGACCAAAUGAAGAACCAGUGUGAGGCCCUUGUAUCAGGGAAACAGCAGAAGAUGUCCGUUCUUCACAGUUUUAAGCACCAGCAGGAUACUAGAGCAUUAGUCCUAUCAAGUGCAAUUGAAACCAAAGUUUCCCCUCUACCAAUUAAGACACUCGAGUAUUCAGAAGGUGAUCUGAAGUUGGUGAGUCAGGAGCAAAUACAGGCGCUGUAUCCAGUACACCCAUGUUCGUAUGACUAUAGGCAACAUUCUUUGAGACUACCACCUGCGAGCCCCUAUGAUAAAUUCUUGAAAGCUGCAGGAUGUUAAUGGAAGCUAACUGGCAGCAUGCAACGCCUUCAACGCCAUCUAUCUAACUUUAAAUUCAGCUGGAUAUGGAUAGCCUCCUCCAACAAUUGCAAGUGCAUCUUUUGAUUAACCUACAUUUGCCGUCUCUAAUAAAAUGCCUCCAAAAGAUCCAUCAAUAUUGCACUUGUAUGUUUGCGAGAGGGGAUGCCAAGCUAUAUGCGACACUCUGUAGUCUUUUUCCCCUUCCAUUUAAGUAUGGAAAGGGCAAACAAGCUCGACUUGGAUUGAUAGAUAUUGAUAUAAGUUUAAGAAUAUUAUUACUAUGCUAUACCUUGAUUCUAAUCAGUUUUGAUGAUUGUGAAAAGAUGUUUGGUUCCUCAAUUUGAUGAUUGUGAAAAGUUUUAUGGUGCGAGUCCACCUAAAAUCUUCUACUGGUCUAUUCUCUUUGUAAUGCUAGACACUACCUUGGAAAAAAUAGUGCAAAUAAAACACUUUCUUAAGUGUAGAUGCAUUUUAAUUCCUGACAAAAUUUGUUAGACCUGAUGUAGUCCUUUAAAAAAAAAAAAUCAAUAUAUUUUUAGCCCUUAUAUUUUGUCC